UAAUUAAAAUGGCUAUACUGCAUCGUGCAUUGUUUACGUGGUUCAUAUUUUUAGUAUUUCUAAUAUUGCUAUGUCUUAGAUUAGAAUCAAGAACACAUUGGAAUUGGUUUAUUGUUUUUAUACCUAUGUGGGUUUACGACAGCAUACUUUUGAUAUACGUGUUGUUUCAUAUGGUGUCCCAUUGCAGAAAUGGAAUAGAAAGAUUCCGAGGGACUAUUAACAAAAAUGUUUGGUACAUCGCUGCUAUAGGCCUGAAAAUGGCAGCACAAAUCAUAAUUUGUAUUAAACUGGAAUACAGCAAAGUAAACCUACCGAUUUAUGUAGUAAUGACACCAAUUUGGAUGCUCCUACCAGUGUUAUGCAUAGAAGUGUUUAUGCAUUUAAUCAAACAUUCCAGUGGAAGCAGUAGAUAUUAAAAUAAAAUGUUAAACAACCUCCACACUGAGUGUAUUGAACCAUUUUUAUGUGUAGUGAAGUAGGAACAUGUGACUUCAUGACGGUGUUUGAAUGUGUGAGAUAAAAUUAAACUUGGCACCUAUUCAUUGACGCUGGGUUGUUUGCACAUGUCAAAUUUUCAGUGUUGGCGUCAGAAACCUUGGUGAUAUAACAACAUCAUCAGACUACACAAAAUUUCAAAAUGUCUUCAUUCGCAGACAGUAUUCCUGAUAUAAAAAGUUUGUUGGUGACCACUGUGCCUGCGGGUUCAACAGCUGUUUUGAACUGUACUAGCAAUGACUAUGCCCACAACUUCAUGUUAUGGUUGUUUAACAAGACCAAAGUGAUCAGUCCUGGAAAUAAUUAUGAUGAUAAAAAAUAUAAGUAUGAAGUAUUGUCUGGGAAACUGCACAUUGAUAAUGUGUCUCCGUCUGAAGCUGGUAACUAUAUCUGCGUUUCUAAAAACCUUGAUGGUACGAAAUUCUCAGCAAAUGUGGUAGAAAUGCUAGUGUCUGGUUCAGCAUUUUCGGCUGGUGAUGCAGUGAAGUUGGUGGCUAUUAUAGUAUCAAUUAUAGUUAUAAUUGGUUCUGCCAUCCUUUAUUAUCGCCUAAGAAAAGAUUGGAAGAAAUAUGAGGGACGAGCAAUAGUACCAGUAGAUGAGGCUGAGGAUGACGAUGUUGAAGAUGGUGAUGAAAUAUAUAAUAGAACAACCACUAGCAUCAACCAACCUGUUGCAGGCCCCAGUAGAAAUCAGUCUUCUGAACACCUUCUUUAUGGCAUUGACAAUCAGGGUUUAGACACUGAUUUCAAUUCUGUUUUUGAAAAUAUUCAAAUUAAAUCACCACAAGGUAGUUUGAUUUAGGUCUCAUUUCUGAAUAUUUUUUUUUAUUUAUUUACCUGUAAAACUAUUUAGUGCUAGUUAUAAAUACAUAACUUGUUUGUAAAUAUAUUAUGAAAGUUAAAAUAAGCUUCUAAAAUAAAAUUAUAAAUAUUUUGUUAUAA